AUGACCUUUGAAAUUAUGGACUAUACGAAAACCAAUGGAAUCUUGAACCAUCGGAUCCGAUUCGAAUUGCCCCUCAACUACUCAGAUUCUCAGGACAGAAGGGAAAUCACUAUAGUGGCCACGUUAACUCAAUUGUAUGACGAAGCCAAACACGGAGAUACCGAUCUCGCAGCCGUACUUCCACUUCUGAAGAAUGCCAAAGUCAUUGCGUAUCUCCAAGGUGGACCCGGGUUCCCCUGUACUGUUCCGUUUGCAAAGAGCAGCUUCGCCAAGCCACUCUUGGAGAAGGACUAUGUGAUUAUCUACAUCGACCAGAGAGGUACAGGGUUGAGUACCCCCAUUGAAGUGGGGACAUUGGACGUCUUAGUACCCCGCGACUCCGGGACUACGGAUCAAGACUAUGCUCAACAGCAGAUGGAAUACCUUCUUCACUUUAGAGCAGAUAGUAUAGUGGAAGACUUUGAGUCCAUACGGACCAUGCUACUUGGAGAAGACCUGAAAUGGUCUAUUUUAGGUCAAUCAUAUGGAGGUUUCUGUAGCUUUACCUACUUGUCUACUCAUGCAAAAUCGUUGAAGCUGGUAUUGAUCACUGGGGGGGUUCCGCCCAUUAACUAUGGACCAGAUGACGUUUACAAGGCCACUUAUCAACGUACUAAAGACCGUAAUGUUCAUUACUAUAACAAGUAUCCCGGAGACGUUGCCCGAGUUCGUGACAUCUUGGAGUAUCUCGACUCAAACAACGUUACUCUUCCCAACGGUGGGACCUUAUCUGUUGAACGGUUCCAACUGCUUGGAAUCGACUUUGGUCACAGUGGAGGCACUGAUGAACUACACCAAACAGUCCUCAAGUUCCAUUAUGAUUUGGAAUUGUUUGGGAAACCAACUUAUAAAACGCUUUAUAACAUUCAAAAUGCCUCUUCUUUCGACACCAAUAUCAUUUAUGCCUUGUUCCAAGAAGCCAUUUAUCUUGACGGGAACAAUAAAGCUGUUCUCCAAUCCAAUUGGUCAGCCGAAAGACUCAGAGCUACUGAAACCAACUAUGUGUUUAAAAAGGACGCUGAUGGUCCUAUAUAUUUCACUGGUGAAAUGGUUUAUAAGUCCAUGUUUGACGAUUAUACUGAACUCAAACCUUUAAAGACGUUGGCUCAUUUAUUGCAUAAGAAUGAACAUUGGAGUCCUUUAUAUGACGUCAACACUUUGGAGAAGCUCAAGUUUACUGAUGUCCCCAUUGUGGCAGCAACCUACUACAAUGACCAAUACGUAGACUUUGAUCUCACCAAUAAAGUCAAACAACAAGUAUUUAAAGGCAAUGGAAACUUGAGACAAUAUAUCACCAGUAAUCAAUUCCAUGACGGACUUCGUCUGGAUAGCGAGUGCGUUGUUGGAGCACUUUUGCGGUUGCUUGAAUCAGAAGUAGAUUAA